CGUCAUCGUCCCCACCGAAACCGCAGUACCACCGUACCCGCGCCGACGUGAGUACGAUGGCCUCCUACUUCGCCGGUCCGGCCAUCGUGCCGUCGCAGCACGCCACCGCGGCGCCCGACAAUUCCGCGGUCGCCACCCCUUCUCCGGCUAAGUCGCGUGACCCCCGCUUCUCCGGAUCCGCCUCCACCACCGUUCGUCACAUCGCCCGCUCCUUCGCCGCCGCCGACGCCACCGGUGAUGGCGACCUUGUCAUCCCUAUCGACGGCGUCGACGCCACCAACGUUUGGAUUCUGGGGAGGGUGGUGAGCGUGGUGAACAUGGAGGCCAGCGUGUCGUUCACGCUCGACGACGGCACCGGGAAGAUCGCGCUCACGCGGUGGAUCGCUGAAGAUAUUGAUGCUAAGGAAGUGGCUUUCGUUCAGAAUGGUAUAUACCUCAAGGUUCAAGUUACUCUCGUAGGGUUUCAAACUAAGCAGUAUGGUUUUGCUCGCGCUAUUCGGCCUGUUACCAAUUUCAAUGAAGUGGCGCUGCACUUCAUUGAGUGUAUUUAUUUGCAUUUGGAAAAUGUACGGCAAAAGAUGCAAGGUCAAUUCCCUCGCUCCAUUCAAGCAAAUGUGUCUACUUAUGAGAUGCAAGCUCAAGUUGCUCACAGUAUUCAAACAAAAUCACCUGCUUAUAUGCCCUUUUCUGGUGGAGCUAGAGAGCAUCAAGUUGAUUUUGCUCCUGAAGUAAACCAUGGGCGAUUCCUUUCAUCAGUUCAAACAAACACACCUACUCAUGUACCCUUUUCUGGUGGAGCUAGAGAACAGCAAGUUCACUUUACUCCUCAACCAAAUCAAUUUUCAGCUUACCCAGGUACAGGUGGUCAUCAGCACGAUCUGCAGAGUAUGGUUUUGGAGGUUAUGCAACGACCAGAUAUACUUGCACUUGAAAAUGGAGUACAUGUUGAUGAAGUGGCAAGGAGACUUGGAAUGCCAAGCGCACAAAUUCUGGCCACCGCCCAGCGUCUUGUCAAUUUGGCAUGCCUCUGUUCCACUAUUGAUGAUUAUCAUUUCAAGUCUAUUAAAUGAUUGAUCAAUGUUACCAUCUUCAAGACUUGGCAUUUUAGAUUAUUGGCAGUUUUUAGGUACUGAAUAGCAUUCGUGUAUAUGCUUUAAGUAUGCACAUCUAGUACAUGCAUUUUUCUUUGUACAGAGCACUGAACACCUGUUUUUAGUUGCCAAGCUAGUUACUCAGAUUGUCAGACAUGCAGAUCGGUUAGAAACUUAGAAUGUCAAACCAUUGGCAUGCUGCAGUUGCUGG